AUGAAUGGACCGGACGUCCGCAACUUCGAAGGCGAGAAGAGCCUCGAGGAGCAAGACGCCUAUGUCUCGCUCACAUACGAUCCGCUCGAUGCACAAAAGCAGAUGGCAAGAGUCAAGAGCGCCAAAGCAGGCGCAGUAGUAUUAUUCGCUGGUUGCACUCGCGACUCCUUCAACCAAAAGACCGUCACGCACCUCUCAUACUCCACCUACGCCCCGCUCGCCUUGAAGACGUUACAGAGCAUAUGUCGCCAGAUCCAUCAAGAGCACGCCCUCGUGAGCAUUGCAGUGACGCAUCGACUGGGAAGAGUGGAUAUCGGCGACGAGAGUAUCCUGAUCGCCGUCUCUGCUCCGCACAGGAAGGCAGCUUGGCUGGCUGGGGAAGAGUGCCUGGAGAAAGUCAAGGCCAAGGUUGAGAUUUGGAAAGAGGAAUGGUUUGAAGAUGGGGGUGUUUGGAGGAGUAAUCGAGAUGGUGAAGAGGGUUUUCCUGUUGUGCAGCCGAAUGAUGCCAGAGGGUGA